AUGAGCUCCUACGUAGCCAAUUCAUUCUAUAAGCAGAGCCCCAAUAUCCCUGCCUAUAACAUGCAAACUUGUGGGAACUAUGGAUCGGCCUCAGAGGUGCAGGCAUCCAGGUACUGCUACGGCGGAUUGGACUUAAGCAUCACUUUCCCACCGCCUGCGCCUUCCAACUCUCUCCACGGGGUAGACAUGGCUGCCAACCCCCGGGCUCACCCCGACCGCCCCGCCUGCAGCGCAGCGGCCGCUCCGGGACACGCUCUGGGCAGAGACGAAGCGGCUCCUCUGAACCCUGGGAUGUACAGUCAGAAGGCGGCUCGCCCGGCGCUGGAGGAGCGAGCUAAGAGCAGUGGGGAGAUCAAAGAGGAGCAGGCGCAAACAGGGCAGCCUGCCGGACUGAGCCAGCCACCGGCCCCGCCACAGAUUUACCCGUGGAUGACCAAACUGCACAUGAGCCACGAGACGGAUGGCAAGCGGUCCCGAACCAGUUACACGCGCUACCAGACCCUGGAACUCGAGAAAGAAUUCCAUUUUAACCGCUACCUCACUCGCCGCAGGCGCAUAGAGAUCGCCAACAACUUGUGUCUCAACGAGAGACAGAUCAAGAUCUGGUUCCAGAACCGCAGGAUGAAGUGGAAGAAAGAUUCCAAAAUGAAGAGCAAAGAGGCUCUUUAGAGGAAGCAGGGAGCCCUCAGAGAGCACCCCGGUCGGAUGUGGUCCCUGCGCCCUUCCUUUUCGGUUUUCCUCCUAGAUUUUGAGGCGGAGGCUAGAGCAUUGGCUCCGGGCCUCCCAGACAAAAGCGCAUUUCUUUGGCAUUCCGAAUCCCCAUCGACCCAGGGUUCUGCAGGACCGCCUGCACUGCCUGUCUUGCCUCAGUUCAGCUGAGCAACCCAGGCCUGGGGCACAUUCUUGUAGGGCGGGUACUGGAUAAGUCUCAGCCUAGGCUGCCUCCCCGACUCCGAGCUCUAGCUAGGCUAGCCUGAGUUAAGGUGAGACAGACUGGCUGUAAUCCCUUCUCCCCGACCUCAACCUCACCCUCUUCUUUGUUCCUACCCAGGCUGGCCAGGCUGCUGAAAGCUGGUUGUGCCAGGCAAAGGCUAUGACCAGAAAAUCGGGGUGCUUUCAACUAACCUUUAUAACUUCUAAAUUUGUUUUUGUUUUUGCUCAUUAAUUAUUUGCAUAUGAAAGAGGGAGAUAAGUAAAAGUAGGCCUGUAGCCCUGGAGUUGUAUCAUCCUAUGCUCUCUAAACCUUCCAACCCUCUCCCCAAAGCCCAGGGACUUCCCUAGCCUGGCUUGCUGCCUGCACUCUCAGGUUCAUAGUCCCAGCCUGCUAGCUAGCUCAACUAUUGGGGGUCUCUUGCCUUUGGACCCUAGCAAGUGGUUCUUUGAGGUUUUUUGCUAUCCUUGCCAUGACUUUCUCACAUUCCUGCCCCAUUGCAAUUGCCCAUCUAUUUAUUGACUCCCAGUCCUUCCUGAAACUAUAUUUUGUCAUAUCAAAUAAAGCCAGAAAAAGAACAGGACUAAAUAUUCAAUGACUUCUGUCUGUUUAGGGCAUGCAUUGAGUAGAUGUGUCUAAAUAGGCUCUGAGAUG